AGUGUGUACCCAUUGAAAAUAUUUAACCUGAUAAAUCGUAAUACAGCUCUCCAAAACGCUACUUUGUAUUUUGUUUAAAUAACUGCUCAACUAGCAUGCGUUGAUCGGAAAAAAUAGAGUAUCGGUAGUGUCAGACUUGCCCGCUGUAUACGUUUGUUGACAAUAAGUAAACAAAAAAGGGAAUAACUGUAAUUUACAUAAGAAAAGAGGUGCAAUUUGAAAGUAUAAUUACAAAUAUAUGACAGGGUGUUUCUUAAAUAUUUUGCCCAACGACGGUCUCAUGUGAACGUAUUUAAUAUAUCUUGGACUUCAGUUUCCUAAAACUCAAGAUUUGAAAGUGGCCGAUCAUGCACCGUAAUCAGAUGCGCGAGACUCGGUUUGAGCCAAAAUACGAGGAGUCUAGAGCCAGUCCAUUCAGACAGCAAUAUGAUCGUCCGCGUGACAUAAGUCCUCAAAGAUUCUCCUAUGAUCGAACUCUCGACCCGAGGGCAAACCCUCACAGCGAAGUAUACGAUCCCAGGUUUAACCCCGCCUCGCCCCUUCCCGACUAUCACAAAUUUCCCCAACCUCUAUACGAGCACGGCAACGAGAGGGAGAAUCAAUACAAUAGGAAGCCAGGCAUGAAGGGUCAAACACAUUUUGAGACAGACAGGUAUGAGCAGAAGAAGUUCGAUUAUAGAUAUGACGAUCGAUUUCACAAAGUUCCCGAGGACAGAAGACGACCCCCCGCCGCCGACGAAAGACGACAUUAUGCCGACGACGAAAGACGGCAUCAUGCCCAUGAUCAACAUUGGCAACCAGCAUUUGCCCCACCAAUGCAAUAUCGUCAAGGUGACGACACACCACGAGUCGGCUAUGAUGGAGUUCAAGCUGCGGGCAGGGCAAAUACGUACAGCACACGGAUAACCGACUUACUAACAUCGAUAAAAGACCCAGAAGUCAAGGAUGAUAGAGUAUCAAAAUUAAUGGAGGCUAACAAAGGUUAUCUGGUGAUGGUACGGGUUUUACAAAAUGAUUUAGGAGAAGUUAUCAACGCCAUACAAGGAAGCGUCAGUACAUUGCAAGCUCAUGACGGUUAUUGUAUUGGAUUCUCGGAAACUGGAUUACUCCACAUAGUAACCCCAAGUCAUCAGAUGGUGGCAAAACAUCAAUGGGGAAAGUCGGAAUUUGCCAUCGUUUUGUUCUGGUUCAAGGACUACAUUCAGGCGCGGAGUUGGUUUCAGACCGGAAGCCUUAGGUUCAAACAACCGGAUUUCCCAAAUUCAAAUUCAUACGCAUGUAUUGCUGUACCUCUGACCUAUGGGAACCAUAGGGAUCCAAUGGCAUUCGGUCCCGGAAAUGAUGAAAUGACACUACUGUGGUCUGAAUAUCCAAGGAUUUAUGAGAGGUAUACCGAAGAUUUUCUACAUAAUUAUUCCGAUCGAGUAAAAGACAUAAUAAAGAGAUACGGAGGAAACCCAUACGUUUCCAUUAGCCAGUUUACUACAGAGCAACCAAAAGAGUUGAACAAAUACGGCUCCCCGGGUUAUGCACGGCUUGAGCCAUCUAGGGAGGAUAAGGCACGUGUUGGACGGUCGUGGAAAAAUCCUUGGGUAGAUGAUAAGUCCUACAUCACAGUCAGCAUCUUUCCAAGCAUGCAGCAUGUUGCCGCUUUUUAUCAAGACAAGGAAUAUGAGGAUCUCAGAUACAAGUUGAGCCAGUACUCUGACCCUGUAAUGGUGGCUAUAAAACUCUUAAAGGUCAGGGGUACCACGAGGUGGUAGAGGGUAUUCAAAGUGACAGGUACAGGGUACCUCGAGGCUAUAGAGUGUAGUGAACGUGACGUGACAUAAUUAUGUUAUCGAUAACACGUUAUUCAGUGUAACGUUUUUAAUGUAACAGCGUUAUGAAUGUUAAAUUUGUUGUCUUGCACUUGUUGUCUCUCUAACUUCUGUGAAAAUUUCUAAACCCUCUUUACUCAAUUAAAUAAUCCGUUUUAUGACUUUCUGUAGAAUGUAAACAAAGGAUUUUACACUUUGCAGUUGUUAUUUGAAGCUUAAAGGCUCAUAAUGCUUUUGUUCAUAAUGUUGCUGCCACCUGUUUUUAUAAUGAACAUAAAAUUAGUAUUUUUUGUUAAAUCCUAUUUUCAACAAUUGUUUCAAGUCUCUAAUAUUUGUCAAAGGUUGGAAUAUUGAUUAACAUAGUAUAAAGUUUUAUGGGACACAUCCUUUUUUAUUACCUCCCUUUACAGUUUUAACUGUAUAAGUUCAUGUCCAGUAUUUCAGGUAGUGCUUUUCUAACCAUGUAAUUAUGCAUCACAUCUAUUCGGACAGCUGUAUCAUCUGUUUUUGAUAUAAUAUUAAAAGCUUUAUGGGACUUUAAGAUAAUAUAUCAGUAAAAAAAAGACUAAAAUUUCACUGCUGAUUUGUGAGACAUGAUAACAAAGAUAUGAGUAUAUGCAAAUGUUUAUUUAGUACUAAUGUGUAGUGGAGUUUGAGCGUGUGUAUAAAGCAGUUUCAAAAUCUAAUUUUUGUUUAGGUUAGCGGAUUUGUUGUGGAAUAUGCACUCUUCUAUACUGCUAUAUUCUACUUAUGCUAUAUAUAUAUAUAGGUUCUGUUCAAUUUUUUAUGCAAUAAUUCUGCAUGUCUUUAUGCCAAAUGUUAUACCUGAAUGAUUUACAUGUCAUGUGAUACCAAAAAUAAAGUUUUAGUAGAGUUUUUUUUACUUCUUCCCGGCAAAAUUGGGAUCGGUUCAUUUUUUAUUUGUUCCAUACCGGACCUUUAACAUUUUUACUCAGUUUGUGACGUGUGAUGCAUGCACAUAGUUGUAUUACAUCAGAUAUAAGUAGUAUUUACUUGAAGUUUGUAUUUAUAGUUUCGUUUGGACAAAAAAUGUACUCAGAUUUUUGCCCUGUAAAAUACAUACUGUUUUAGUGUACUUCAAAUAAUACCGCGUGUGUCAUUUUGUAAAACGUUUUACUAGAGUCUAUCACCAUCCUGAUAUAAAAGAGACGAUUCUACAAUCGAUGUGAACAUCCUCUUUGGCAAACCAGUUUCUUCGUCCCGCAUAUUUGGUUUUUGGCUUCAUGAUACCGUUUUUUUUUCUGUAAUAAUUGAAGUAUAUUUAAGACCAGGAACUCCCACCAUGUAAUCGUUUUACUGUCAAAGAUACUCUUGCUGGCAUGUUAUCUAAAUACAUGUAUUGCUACUUUGGCAUAAUAUCUACAUUCAAAAUCUGUUUCCUUAGAUGUAGCUGAAUUGAGUGGAUGUAUACGAGUUCCCGUGAAUCUUGUGACGUCAUGUGAUCAUAGGCGCAUCAUUGCAUAGAUCAUACGGUCCGUUCACAAGAAUUAUCUGUUAAAAUCGGUGUAAUUUAAAGUAUGGAAAGAUAUAUAUGUGUUGCAAUCUGAAUUCAGUCGCUUUCAAAUUUCCCGUGGUUUAAAGGGCUAGAAACAAACAUUGAGAAGAAAAAUAGUUUGCUAUAUGUUCAAUAUAUGGACCGUGAAAAUCGGCAUAUUUAACGAUUUUAUGAGCAACCUCCCCUCCUCCCUCAACUAAACAACACCACCAAAACAAAUCUUAAUACGGCUGCGCUGAAAAAGCGCAAUUCCCCUGGAGCAUGCGUUGUAGUGACAUUGGAACGCUUUGCUAUUCACACAUCUGCAGCUGGCCGAUGUUUUCAUAACUUCAAAAGGAAUAGAAGCUGGUUCAAAUAAAUCAAUGCGAGAGAAAGAACAAGGUCUUAGUACACGUUGUCCCCAGUAUACGGGGACUAUAUUCUUUGAACAGUCUAAUGUAUUCCAUAUCCAAGUAAUUACGGUAAGAAAUCUACAGCUGAUCAAAAGUUUUAUUAACGUUUAUUGUAAGAAGGGAAUUUCGUACCAGGAUCAGGCUUUAGUAAACAGUGUGUUUUAUAUAUGACAGGUUUUCUAUUCAUAUUUUGUUCUACAACGAAAUUUAUAUUGUAUUUUCAAAAUAUUUAUUUGUAUUCAUAUGUCGUAUUAAUUUAUACUUUUUGUUUAAAUCAUAUUACAGCACGCAUGAUCAUUCUUUGUAGCACGACACCGCACGUACAAAUAUGUCAUUUUUCUGGUAAUUGAAAAUAUAUGUAUAAAUGAUUAAAUAUUGCCUUGUAACGUAA